AUGCUGGUAAUUUACAUCACGUUCCUUCGCUUCAUGGUCGUGAUGCGUCCGUUGCGAUAUGCCUCAUCCCACCAAUCGGCCCGAUCUAAAAGAGCGAGUUUGAAGCAGCGAAGAGCAUCGAUGGUGACGGAACUCGAUUCCAUUGCUGGAUCGCAGAAAGGCAGGACCAGUCUAAAAACAAGCACCACCAAGGAACAAUUACCGCUUCGUGAAUACUUCCGAUCUUGUCUUCUACCAGGGAUGGUGAUUUUUCUUUGCUUUGCGGUCAACAUCCUGUGUAUUUCGAAUUUACCGUGGAACGCUGUUUCGACACGGAACACGGCGUCGAAGCCUCCUGCCCAGCUCCCACCAGUAUUCCGGCACUCGUUUACACGAUACAAGGCGAUUCUGAUGACGUUGACGCAGACGGUCGGUCCUGUCGCCACCAUCCUGAUACUCAGUGUCCUUACCGAAUAUCGCGUCCACCGGAGUCUGAGAAGCGGAGAAAGGUGA